GUCCACGGGCGCCGGCAGCACCAACAUGGAAGUGGAUCCGGACCACGGUGCUGCAAAUCCCAGAAGGUGCGCGGCAUGCAAGUACCUGCGGCGGAGAUGCGCCCCCGAUUGCGUCCUCGCGCCAUACUUUCCCGCGUCGCGUCCUCAGAGAUACGCCGACGUGCACGCGGUCUUCGGCACCAGCAACGUCACGAGAGUGCUCCAGAGCCUGCCGGUGCAGGAGCGAGGCCGGGCGGCGGACACGAUGGCGACGGAGGCGCACUGGCGGGUGCAGGACCCGGUGUACGGCUGCGCGGGGAUCAUCGACCGGCUGCAGGAGGAGAUCCGCGCCGUGCAGCUCGAGCUCGCCAGCACCCGGGCGCGACUCGCCAUGCAGAUGCAGGGCAUGACACAACACGCGACGCGGCAAGGAGAGCGGUCGCCGUCGUCUCCUCCACCUCCUCCGCCUCUUGUUGCUCCUCCUGCUGCGGCGCACACCGACAACAACCAUCGCGUCGCCGUGCACGAGGAAGGGGAGUUCCUCGACCCCGACGAGUUCCUCGACCUCAAUGGCCAGCUCUGAGUGCCGCGUCUGAGUGCUAGCCGA